AUGGCCGACGCCGACGAGCCGAUGCUCGCGGCAGAGGCGAAGGACGACGAGCCGACGCCCGCGGCGGCGGAGGCGAAGGAGACCGAGCCGCCGUCGCCGAAGCGGCGGAAGCGGCGAAACGCGGCAGAGCUGCUCGGCAACGAGUCGGCGCAGGACGCCUGGCGGCACGGAGCGGCUCGCCUGCCGCGCCCGCGCCGGCCCCGACGGGGGCCCCGGCGGACGGACCGCGACCUCCAGUGGGUCGAGCAGUACUGGAACGACGCGAAGCGGAAGACGCGCGAGCUCUGCGACUACACCAUCACGGGGCUCAAGCGCCAGUUCCCGCUGUCCCUCGCGUCCGUGCCCAUCUCGAACCAGCGCAACUACAUGCAGCGCUCCUUGGACAUCAUGCGCGCCCUCCGGGAGAUCGGCCGCGACGGCGACUUCGCGAAGAUCCCCGCGCUGAAGAAGCAGUACAAGUCGCACCGCCAGACCAGCGGCCUCGCCCCGCAGGCCGCGCCACGCGCGGGCCGCACCGUGACGCGCGCCCGCCGCAUCACAUAUGCCCGAGACGCCGCGAACAACCCCGCGGCCGCGGCCCGCGCGGCCGACUAG